AUGGUGACUGUGCUCAGGCCGUGGCCUGCCAUGGCCACAGUGCUGCUAGCCCUGCUCGCCUGCUUGGGGGCGCUGGUCGAAGCCUACCCCGCCAAGCCCGAGGCUCCCGGCGAAGACGCCUCCCCCGAGGAGCUGAGCCGCUACUACGCCUCCCUGCGCCACUACCUCAAUCUGGUCACCCGGCAGCGGUAUGGGAAACGGGACAGCCCGGAUGCUCCCUUCUCCAGGCUGCUCUUGGCCAGUGACCAGGAGGACCACCUCGCCAGGUCGCGCAGGCCAGAAGGCGCCCACCCGUGGUGAAGACCCCCUGAGCCUCCUGAGAGAUGUGUGAACCGCACUGAUCACUG